ACGGUGGAAAUUGCUUGUGAUUUUCAACACGAAGACAUUGUCUGGGUGGAGGAGAAUGGUGAACGUAUGGUUGGAAGAGUUGUUGAUUUACGCAUGAGGGUACUUUUACCUGAUUUACCCAUAGACGAUAUGUUCAGUGCAAAGCCAAAGAAUUAUCAGCAGUAUGUUUUGGUGGUGUUCUUUGAUAAUGCGAGUACCUGGUAA